AUGGCGCAAUCUGCGUGUGUUGAUGAAAAAAAAACUCGAAUAUGUCUUGUCGAUACCGACGGAUUUGGACAUUUCACUGAUGAUGGAUUUCUCGAAAAAUGGGAGAUGUCCAUCCGAGAAAAUGGCGGGAUACUUCAAGAGGCUGCUCGACAACUGCAAACUUUUCAGUCGCCAGUGGCAUUUCCAACAGAAACUGUUUAUGGGCUUGGGGCCGAUGCGACGAACAGUCAAGCAGUAAAGGGUAUAUUCCGGGUUAAAGGACGGCCAUCUGAUAACCCGUUGAUUGUUCAUGUCUGCGAUCUUGUCAUGCUUCGAGAUAUCUUAAUACCUGGUUAUGCUGCAAAAUUUGAUAAAGGUCUACCUCUUCCGUCUGAUCCAAUACCAGAUAUUUACAAGCCCCUUAUACAAAGAUUUUGGCCUGGACCACUCACCAUCCUCCUAAAAGUACCACCAGAAAGUCAACUAGCGCCCGAAGUCACAGCUGGCUUACCUACGUUUGGUGUGCGCAUGCCUGACUCCACUCUAGCCCUCUCACUUAUCUCUUUGGUUGGAAAGCCGCUCGCUGCGCCUUCUGCCAAUGCGUCCACAAAACCUUCACCUACAAUGGCUCAUCAUGUCUUACAGGAUUUAGAUGGGAAGAUUGACCUAAUUUUAAGUGAGGGAGCUUGUGCUAUAGGUGUAGAAAGUACAGUUGUCGAUGGACUGUGCGAGCCUCCGGCCAUUCUCCGACCAGGUGGAGUUAGUUUGGACGAAAUCAGCGAAUGUGCCGGCUGGAAUCAUGUUGUGAAAGCUUACAAAGACAAAAGCGAGCUUGGAGCAAAGGCUCCGAGGGCGCCGGGAAUGAAAUACAAGCACUACAGUCCUAGAGCUCCAGUAAUUUUAUUCGAAUCUGAACCCUCACAUACAAUUCUUUCGGAUAGUGACUACCAAAGCAAAGGCCCAGUUCCAGAGGCUGUCAAAGAGGUUUUAAAUUCAUACUUCCAUGAUUUGGAUUUGAGUCAAAUGUCAUCUAUAAUCAGAAAGGUAGGAAUUAUUUCGACAAAGUACUGGAACUUUUGUGGCGAAACUGAUAGUAUCACUCAAUCACUUCCAUUGAAUUAUUUAAAGACUUCUGAUAUUGAAGCCUCCGCAAAAAUUCCAACUAAUUAUUCGAUACAACAAGGGGAACUACGUCAGUUUCUAGAUCAGGCCUUUAAUACUACUUCUCCAAGCAAAAAUUCAGGGAAUAGUAUAGCACCAGAAAAAAUUGCAGACUUUUCCAAGAUAUCUCUAGGUUCAGACAGCAAGUUUAUUGCACGAAACCUAUUCGCAGCUCUAAGAGAUUUGGAUCAGAUUGGUGUAGAUGUAAUAUUAAUCGAAGGAAUCAAAGAUGUUGGUGAUAUCGCGGCAGCUGUUAUGAAUCGCUUACGAAAAGCGGCCACUAUUGUUAGUUGCUGA